UGAUUUUUUUCCUCCCAGCAUUUUCCAUUUGCUGUCACUCUCACAAGGCAUCGUCAUCAUAGACCCAUGUCACACACCAGAUGGUUUCACUCCUACGUGACGCUCAUCCCUCAACUCAAUAGUGCAGACGGCCGUUCCGCUAUCUGACGUGAGACAAUGCAUAAUAGACAUGAUGGAGUUAUGUGGCUCACAGACAUGCAUACACACACAGACACACACACGAACACAAAAACACAAACAAACACACAUACACACAAAAUAACAUCUCAAAAUCGAAAUAUUCUCAUCCCACAGGUACUCCAGCUACUGUAGUAUCAGGGGAAUGGAUGCUGUAUAUUAGACAAGCUCUCAAUACACACAUACAGAUGCACACUCCUCCACCCCUAUUAACCCUGACAUUAAACCUGAAGCAACAGUCUGAAGCUACCUUAGUUAGACGCAUGGCUGAGGCAGCCUCGCUGCUAGCCACUGUCUGUGGGGAGAGAACGAGAGAGAACAACAGCAGUGUGCUGGAUCUAUGUAGGUAGAGCUGCUGGGGCAGGGCUUGCAGUGUAGACACUUGGCUGUGGAUGGGCUACAGGCUGCAGGGAGUGUGCUGCUGGGGAAGAUAACUGGUAGUGAUUAGUGAUCAGACUCUUCUGGGAGAGAGAGGGGGGCUGGUUUUCCCUGGAGGAGGUUGAGGAGGAGGAAAAGGAGGAGAGAGAGGAGAGAGAGUGCACUACCAUUCAUUUAGAGGCAGCAGCAAGGGACUGAAGCAUCGCCUAUCUGAGCUGAGGGAAUAUGGGGGAAUACUAGAGAGCAGCGCUGCCUGUCUGUCUGUCGAUACUGCCUGGACUCUCACGCUGCAUCUCGGAUAGAUUGUGUGUUGAGUGGAUGAUAGGAAUAGAGGAUGCAGAUCUGAUAUGCACAGUAUGUCUGUUUGUGAUCAUAUGUGUAUUGGUUUGUGUGUGUUCACUACAUCCAAGCAGGCUCCAGCUGUGUUGUAGUCAUGGCUGCCUGAGGGACUGCUCCCUGGCUGUGUGGAUUUGGAGCCCCCUCUGAUAUCAUGCUGAGAGUUGGGCCAGCGGCCACCACUCUACUCCUGCUGCUGUCAUACUGCUGCUGCCACCUGUGUCACUCUCUGGGAAUCCCUAAACUGUCCUCAUAUGCCAAGACAGAGGACAAACUGUUCAAGAACCUCUUCAGAAACUACCAGAAAUGGGUGAGGCCUGUGGAAUACCUCAACGGCACAGUACGGGUCAGAUUUGGACUGGCCAUCUCCCAGCUAGUGGACGUGGACGAGAAGAACCAGUUGAUGACAACCAAUGUGUGGAUGAAACAGGAAUGGUUGGACAUGAAGCUACGCUGGAACACUGAUGACUACCUGGGCAUCACUACCAUCAGAGUCCCAUCGGACUCCAUCUGGAUCCCAGACAUUGUGCUCUAUGACAAUGCCGAUGGACGUUUUGAGGGCUCUGUCACCAAGGCUGUUGUCAAGUAUGAUGGCACCAUCACCUGGACACAGCCCGCUAACUACAAGUCAGCCUGCAUCAUCGAUGUCACCUUCUUCCCCUUUGACCUGCAGAACUGCUCCAUGAAGUUUGGCUCCUGGACCUAUGAUGGCUCACAGGUUGACAUCCUUCUGGAGGACUUUCAUGUGGAUAAGAGGGACUACUUUGACAGUGGCGAAUGGGAUAUAGUGAAAGCAACAGGCAGCCGUGGUCUGAGGAUGGACGGAUCCUGCCACUUCCCCUUCAUCACCUACUCCUUCAUCAUCCGUAGACUGCCGCUCUUCUACACCCUCUUCCUUAUUAUCCCUUGUAUCGGCCUUUCCUUCCUCACCAUCCUGGUCUUCUACCUGCCCUCCAACGGCGGGGAGAAGAUCUCCCUGUGCACCUCUGUGCUGGUGUCCCUCACAGUCUUCCUUCUCGUGAUCGAGGAGAUAAUUCCGUCCUCCUCCAAGGUCAUCCCUCUGAUUGGGGAGUACCUGGUGUUCACCAUGAUCUUUGUCACGCUCUCCAUUGUCAUCACCGUCUUUGCCAUCAACAUCCACCACCGCUCCACGUCCAUGCACCAAGGCAUGGCGCCCUGGGUGCGUCGUAUCUUCCUGCACAAGCUGCCUAAGCUGCUGUGUAUGCGCAGCCACGUGGACCGCUAUGCUACCCCCGGUGGGGCCUGGGCAGGACUGGCGGGGAGAGAGGGGGCAGGACUGGCAGGGAGAGACGGGGCAGGACUGGCAGGGAGAGAGGGGGCAGGACUGGCAGGGAGAGAGGGGACAGUAGGGGGCAUUAUGAAGUCCACCCCUCAUCUCUCCCCCACGAAUAACCUGCAGGCUGCUUUGGACUCUAUCCGUUACAUCACCAUGCAUGUGGUCAGGGAGAACGAGGUCAGAGAGGUGGUGCAGGAUUGGAAGUUUGUGGCUCAGGUUCUGGAUCGUGUGUUCCUGUGGACCUUCCUCCUGGUCUCAGUACUGGGCUCUGCUCUGCUCUUCAUCCCUGUCAUCUACAAAUGGGCAAAGAUCAUUGUCCCCAACCAUGCAGGCGGCAGCAGAUAAGACUAAACUGAGUCUAUGUACACUGAGCACAACAAAUUCAGAGACACUACAGUCAGUGCAGAGAUGGAGACACUUACUCACAUGUGGGUGUGGGAGAGCAAUGGAUUCUAGUUCCAUCACAAUUUUUGAUUUGUGUAUAUGAAUGAGGGAUUAUUGUCUCUGUUGCUGUAUCUGUUUCUAGAUUAAAUUAACAUACAAUUGUUUUAUAUGAAAUAAUCCCUCUAUAUUCUGGAAGGAGGAUACCUCCCUAUAGACAUAUCUCACAAAGUAUAACAAUGAAUACAAUUAUCCAGGUUAUGUAAGGACCGACGCUGGAGAAGAGAAGCAGGUACAGGGAGUCGAACAUUUCAUAUGGAACAGACAUCAAACGGAGACAGCGUCAGAACCGGGUAUGCAAAGACAAACAAACAUUCAUCCUGAAGCAGGGAACAGAGCUUGGUAACAAACAGAUAUAGGGGAGGUAAUAACACAGGUGAUUGAGUCCAGGUGAGUCCAAUAAUUGCUGAAGCGCGUGAUGAGGGAAGGCAGGUGUGCGUAAUGAUGGUGGCAGGAGUGUGUAAUGCUGGGAAGCCUGGCGCAUUCGAGCGCGAGGAGAGGGAGCGGAUGCAGGUGUGACAAGUUAUUGUUUUUCUUGCCUCUGAAAAACAGGCUUCUCACGGUUAACGAGACAGGAUUAUGGAAGGCUGGCCACAUAAGACUAGCUAAUAAUUAACAGGGAUAAAUAAAUAACUUUUAAUCCCCCCUUUAUAAAUAAGUGUACAGUAAAUAAGUAUAUGUAUAUGACCCCAUUACCUUUUGAAUUUAAUAUAUUUAUAUUUAAUUAUAUUUUAUAUUUAAGUCGACAUUCCUCUUUUAUACACAUUACCCUUUUAUAUUACAUUUUUAAAUAUAUUACCUUUUUAUAUACACUACCCUUUUACAGUAUAUUACCCUUACAUUACUCUUUUAUAAUUUAUUAACAUAAUGGCCAAAACGUAAUUAACUGGGCCCUAGGUUGGUAAAAUACAAAAUAAAUUGCCAGUUUUUUUGACAGUGGCUACUUUCUCAGAAAAACAAUAUUACAUAACAAUAUCAAGCAAGAGUUUAAUUGUAAUCCUCUUUGAAUAAGCUUCACUGAAGAAUUCAGCUGUGAAUGCUCUUGUAUGAUCAAAAGCUACAACUGUUUGGCUUGUGGGAUACAGUUAAUUUAGCAGACAAAUAAUUGUUAAAGUGAAUUCAUUUUCCUACUUUCCAGCUUCGAAAACCAUCUCUUUGUAUUAGAAAGGUGUCUUGAGAUUAGCUUUUAAGUCUGUGAGUCUGUUAGACACUGGGAGACUUAGUUGGGGACUUAAAACUUCUUCAGGAUUGGUGGGUCCCCUGCGGGACAGUUGAGCUAACGUAGGCUCAUGCGAUUAGCAUGAGGUUGUAAGGAACAAGAACAUUUCCCAGGACAUAGACAUAUCUGAUAUU